GUGAGGUCAACUGCAGGGCAUUGACUGAUGUGGUAUAAACCGAGCCGAUCUCCCCUGUCCUCCUCCACAUUCUUCGCCGGCUACCCCCUGUGGCCGAGCUCGCAGCUAUAAACUGAGCAGUCUGGAGCGAGAUCGGAGUGAGGAAAGGAAAGGGAGAAUAAUGGCGGCGGGAGGCAGACCAGUCACCUGUUGCUGCGGCGCCGUGCUGCUCGCCGCGGCGCUGCUGCUCUCCGCACCGGACGCCACAGAGGCUUAUGAUUCCUUAGAUCCAAACGGCAACAUCACCAUAAAAUGGGAUGUUAUGCAAUGGACUCCUGAUGGAUAUGUUGCUGUUGUUACAAUGUACAACUACCAACAAUUACGGCACAUCGGGCCACCUGGGUGGCAGCUGGGGUGGACAUGGACCAAGGAGGAGGUCAUCUGGUCGAUGGUUGGGGCGCAGACCACCGAACAGGGUGACUGCUCGAGAUUCCAGGACAACAUCCCCCACAGCUGCAAGAAAGAUCCCGUGGUCGUCGAUUUACUUCCGGACGCUCCAUACGACAUGCAGAUCGCCAAUUGCUGCAAAGCAGGGGUGAUAAGUACGUUCAAUCAGGACCCGGCAAAUUCUGUUGCCUCCUUCCAGCUCAGUGUAGGUCUUUCUGAGACUACCACUAAGGCCGUUAGGGUGCCAAGGAACUUCACUCUUAAGACUCCAGGUCCUGGGUACACAUGUGGGCGUGCCAUUGUUGGCAGGCCGACAAGGUUUUUCACCCCGGAUGGGCGCAGGGCAACCCAAGCUCUUAUGACAUGGAAUGUUACUUGCACCUAUUCUCAGUUUCUUGCUCAGAAGACUCCAUCCUGCUGUGUAUCUCUCUCAUCCUCCUACAACAGCACAACCGUGGACUGCCCAACAUGCUCUUGUGGCUGCCAAAACCCAAAAGGGACAAACUGUGUGAAUAAGGAUUCACCUCAUCUACCAUCUGCCAUUGACGGCCCUGGCAAAUGGACUGGCCAGCCUCUCGUCGAGUGCACUUCCCACAUGUGCCCGGUAAGAAUCAACUGGCACGUGAAGCAGAACUUCAAGGACUACUGGAGGGUGAAGAUCACCAUCACAAACUUCAACUUCCGCAUGAACUACACGGAGUGGAACUUAGCCGUUCAGCAUCCAAACUUGGACAAUAUCACCCAGCUGUUCGGCCUCAACUACAAACCAUUGACCCCAUACGGCGCCGGCAUAAAUGACACGGCAAUGCUCUGGGGUGUAAAACCCUACAACGAUGUGCUGAUGCAAGCCGGCAAUAAGAUUGGGAGUGUGCAGGGCGAACUGCUUCUCCGCAAGGACUCCCAGACUUUCACCUUCGGAAAGGGAUGGGCCUUCCCACGCCGUGUGUACUUGAACGGCGAUAACUGUGUCAUGCCAGCUCCUGAAAAUUAUCCGUCGUUGCCGAAAGAACCAUCCGGGUGACCAUGGUUGAUUGUCAUUUCCACAGAAUAAACGUUAUGAGCAGGCUUGAUCGCAUAGAUCGUUUGUACUUAGAAAAUGAAAGGCUACUGCUGGCUGCGCCAGAACUCGGUGGCCUACGGGUUAUGAUUUACGCUGUGACUUGAAUAAGUGAUGAGUUCAUCAUCGAUUAACCAGCUGCAGCAGGAAGUUUGAUGA